AUGGAAGAGUAUAUAGGAGCAUGUCUUAUAAUAAAAACCAACACAGCCACGCACAUCGGGCGGCUGCAGCAGAUAGAACCUGAAAACAACAAGAUGAUCGUGGAGGUGUCUGGGAUGCUAAAGACAAUUGAGCUCACAGAAAUAGACGAGGUGGAGCUACUCGCAGAGGAAGACAGCCAGAUUCUCCAGAGGCCAAACACUCCCCAGAAGACAAAACAGAAAGACGAUGAUAAAAGAUCAAAGCCUCUGUCAUAUCUCUCAGAGGAUGUAUAUAUGAAGAUGGUUGACCUAUCAGACACGGUCUACGGGCCAUCUCGCAGUGAGAUAAUAUACUCAGGUGCGAGAGGAGUGCUCCAUCUGUUCGUUAACAUAUUCAGGCUUAUGGAUAAAAAGUUCAUUGUAUAUACGGGCUCUGGAGUGUUUUCAGAGAUAGGAAUAGUGCUGGCUAGGCUGUGCAUGCUGUACGGAACAGAUGUGUCUCUUGUUCCCCUGGCGAAGACCCAGCGGAUAGCCAAAGAGCUCUUCUACUACGAAGCAAAUAACGGAAAAAUCACCAAUAAGAGAACAGGACAGCCUAUUGUAAUAAUAGCAGACACUGAUGUGAAGGAAGAGAUGGUCACAGGGGCAGAGCGUGUUAUCUUUUUAGGUGACUACAAGAAUAUUCCAACGCCAAAUAAGGAAGUUAUCUUUUUCGGAGUGCCUGUGAGAGAGCCGUUGGAUUUCAGCGGAAAUGCUAUCCUGUGCGAUGUAGGUCUUUCUCCAAAGAUCUUUGCAAAGUUCAACAUAAAGAAGUACGCCCCAAAGCUUCUCCAAAAGAUAGCCAAGCCCUGA